AUGCAGGAGUAUGUGACAUAUCCAAAGUAUCCGAAGUUCGACAAUGCCCUGAUUCUUUUUUUCGAAAGUUCCGCCUUAGGCCUAGCACCUCUAAAAGUUCCCCAUCGACCUCACCAAGAACCUGAGCGGAUCGUCGUCCCAUCUAACAUGAUGGCUAACCUGCCUCCGGACCUGCUCUACCCCAGACAAAUAAUUAGAUUUGAAAGGAUCAACCUACUAGUGUGUAGAAAGCACCACAUUCGUGAUCUUGGUGUACUUGUUUGCAUGUUCUCUGUUAGUAUAUCAGUUACUACAUGCGCCUGUUAUGACAUUCAACUUCUUAAGCUUGGAAAUGAUUGCGCGAAAGCUGGGUUCGACUCCCAGACAGUGAGGCAGUCCAUAUGUACCAACUGUAUUUUUUCUCUUUACCAACUCACGUGUGGUGGAUGGGAGGAGGGAGAAAUUUGUUUGGAUUUGAAUGUGAACUCCGAUCAGUGA